GCACACCACCAUAAUCACAGCUUAUGUCAUGCCCCUGUAAGCUCCCGACCCUCUACUCACAGGUUGGCCCCAAAAUCAGCUGUUGGAGAUCCGGACCGUAAGCUGUGAUAAAUCAUUUGGGGGAAUGUCCAUCCGGAUCACACCAGCUGGCAUCAAGCUUCUAUAUACAUUCUCCUGAUUACCCAGAGUGCUUGUUCAUGACUGGAUGCUGCUACGGGCGAUUCCACACCCUACGUGGCUUUUAUACAGCAUGUGUUGCAUGGCGUGACUCAGGCUCACUCCAAGUCGUUUACUUGCAACAGUACAAUAUGGCUACUACAGGAACUCCUGCGAUUUUGGAGUUGCACUUGCAACCAGGUGCGGAUGAAGCGAUUCUAGCCAAGCUAGGAUACAAGCAGGAGUUUCUCAGGGAAUUUACUCUGCUAGAGGUGGCUGGACUUGCAUUCAGCUUUACAGGACUACUACCUGGUAUAGCAUCUGUGCUUUUUUAUGCUAUGCCAAAUGGAGGGCCUGUCGCUAUGGUUUGGGGGUGGGUAAUUGCCACCCCCUUGAUAUUGUGCAUCGGGUUGGCGAUGGGAGAGCUCGCAUCAGCAGCACCUACUUCUGGUGGCAUAUGUCCUUGA